CCGUCACAGUCAAUGAAAAUGUUUCAGUUGAACGACCCUCAUGUAAAUGGCGAGAAGCACAUCGAAGAGGCCGCAGGAGGAGACAACAGAAGACAUGAGCGCUGAUGACGUCACAAACCAGCGCCCGCUCGAACCAGUCAGCGACGAUGUAAACACAGUGGCGGGACACAGCGCCGUGGAAAAGCGGGCUCGUUUGGACUCGGUAGAGAUGCGUGGGUCGAGCAGCAGCGUGGUCGUCCGUCACCUCAGGAUGGCCGCCCGCUGGGACGCUCAAUAGUACAUCCGAGCUGCUGUCGGAGCCGCGUCACCGCUUCAGUCCACCAGUGACGCAGAUGGGCGAAUCCAAUACGCCGCCGUGCGGGGGUGCUACCGACAAGAGAGCAGUUGCCACCUACAGUGGAAUGGACCCUCCCAUCACCAGGAAGGGCCGCUUCUGCGCAGCGUCCCAGCGCGAGACGGAGCACAGAUGAGUCCAUGUACGGGAACAUGGACGUGACAGUGAGGCGUCCCUUCCCGGGACGGUGACGACGCAGGGGCUCGGCGGAGGAAACGCCAUCUCCUGGGUGAGAAAAGCGCUCUCACCCGUCGAUGCCGUGGGCCGCGUCAUGACGUCCGCCCUGGAUUAUCCGGACGAGCUGUGGCUGCACGUCUUCAGCUUCUUGCCCCGCGCCGACAAGCUGAGCCUCCGCUGUACGUGCGGCUACUUCCGGCAGCUGCUGGACGGCAGCAGCGCGCUGUGGCGAGACUUCGACGUGGUGUUGAGGAACUUCUCGCGCUACAGCAGCCACUUCUGGCGCAGCCUUGCUCAGCGGCGCACCGCCACGGUCUCGCUCAAGUUCGGCAAGAAGAAGAACUUGCGGAAGCUGUGCGCGUGGCUGCCCUUCCUUCACACGCUGCGCCUGGACUCGUGGGAGGAGAGCAGCAUCCAGGAGCUGAGGCGCUUCGCGCAGCUGCGACAUCUGUCCGUCACCUUCUGCUCCAAGCCCCUGCAGAGUCUCGACUUCCUGCCUCCUUUGAGUCAGCAGCUGACGCAGCUGACCAUCUGCAACGUCCGCCUCAGCUGCUCCACCGGCGCCCUGAUCGACGCCGUGGCUCAGCUCAAACGCCUCACCUGCUUGAUGCUCCACCACGACGGCAGCCAGAGGUUUCCUCCGCCCAGCCGCGUCCUGGCGCACCUGCCCGAGCUGCGCCGCCUCUCCUGGAGCAUGAUCCAGUACAAGACGCUCUCGGAGGAGUUCUUCAACCCGGCGCUGGUGACAGAAGGUGGCGACAACCCGACGCUGUCUCACCUGCAGCUGGUGGACUACGACGCCAUGGUGAUGCCGCAGGUCCUGCAGCCGCUGUCGCGCCUCAGCAGCCUCUCCAUAUACCACAUGUACAGCGUCCCGGGACCCAGCUGCCACCUGCAGACCUGGCUGUCGGCCCUGCCCCAGCUGCGCAGCCUCCACGUGGCUGGAGGCCACGCCCUGGCCGUGUACGCCGACUUCCUGCCGCCGUCGCUGCUCAGCCUCUCCCUGGAGGUGGACAUGCAGCCGGAGGACCUGAAGCUGGUGUCGCAGCGAGUGCCGCAGCUCAAGUGCCUGCACCUGGAGCCCUGGGGCUCGCCCAGCCUCCUCAGGUUCAUCCCGCAGCUCUUUCCUAAUCUGACCACGCUCCGCAUCAGGCAACGUGAUGCCUCGGACGACGACAUACUGCGGCUGCAAGACCUCCAGCACCUUCAGACCCUGGAGGUGAUCGAGUCCUUCUACAGUCCCUGUGGGAAGUCGAUGGUGUCCUCGCAGCGUGCAGCGCUGACCGUCUCACGCCUGCAGCAGCUGGUCCACCACAGGUUCCGGGUGGUGACCAGGCCACAGUCAGAUCUGCUGACCUGCAACUGCAUCGCUUCAGUGUAGACGGAGCAGGAG